UCGGAUGGGUUCAUAGAAAGUUCACUCGCAUAUAUUAGGCAAUUCAAUCUUUCAUUCUCUGUGUCCAAACUAGUAGGAAAUGAGCUGCAUGGAGGCAGGAUAACCCAUUCGUUAUCCGAACGGGGAGACGUGGUUUUAAAACGCGAUCUGUGAUAUUUAUAAGAAAAAUAUUUUCAAUACGGCGGGCUCGAGCGAGGACCGUGUUGUUAAUGGCACAGGACGGGACGGUGCAAAACAUUUAUACGAUACACACGUUGGGACGUUACGGAGCUGACAGAAGACACCUUUUCAUUGCAACAACCCGACUCCGGAGAAAAAUGGCAUAUCAUAGUUUGGGUCAAUUACAAGCUUUUAGCGGUGUUGUCUGUCAUAGUUCUUAAUUGUUUUAGUCUAGGAAGAAGACCAAGAUUUUACGUGCCAAAAAAGGGUCAGAAUUUGAUGGAGUUGUGUGCACUUAUGUUUGCGAUUCUUACCCACAUCUCAAGGACCCUUUAAAGGCACACAAUAACAGGGUGACUUGCGACUAGGGGACAUCAUGUUUGACUGUAUGGAUGUGCUAGCGGUGAGCCCGGGACAAAUGUUGGAUUUCUACACUUCGCGCCCCUCUUCGUGCAUGCUGCAAGAAAAGGCACUGAAAGCGUGCUUCAGCGGGCUCGCUCAGAGAGACUGGCAACACCGCCGGAGCGCACAGUCCAUCGAGACCCAGAGCACCAGUUCUGAGGAGCUGGUCCCAAGUCCCCCGUCCCCCCUGCCCCCGCCCCGCGUCUACAAGCCCUGCUUCGUGUGCCAGGACAAGUCCUCGGGGUACCACUAUGGUGUCAGCGCCUGCGAGGGCUGCAAGGGUUUUUUCCGUAGAUCCAUCCAGAAGAACAUGGUCUACACGUGUCACCGGGACAAGAACUGCAACAUCAACAAGGUGACCAGGAACCGCUGUCAGUACUGCCGGCUCCAGAAGUGCUUUGGCGUGGGCAUGUCCAAAGAGUCUGUCCGGAACGACCGCAAUAAGAAGAAGAAGGAGAGUCCCAAGCCAGAGCUGACAGAGAACUACGAGCUGAGUGCAGAACAAGAGGCCAUCAUAGAGAAGAUACGCAAGGCUCAUCAGGAGACCUUCCCAUCGCUCUGCCAGCUGGGGAAAUACACCACGAAGUCGAGUGCGGAACAACGCGUGAGGCUGGACCUGGGGCUGUGGGAUAAGUUCAGUGAGCUGGCUACUAAGUGCAUUAUAAAGAUCGUGGAGUUUGCCAAACGAGUACCUGGUUUUACAGGACUCACCAUAGCUGACCAGAUCACGCUGCUUAAAGCUGCCUGCCUCGACAUACUGAUUCUGCGUAUCUGUACGCGGUACACUCCGGACCAGGACACCAUGACGUUCUCAGACGGGCUGACCCUGAACCGGACCCAGAUGCACAACGCAGGCUUCGGCCCGCUCACCGACCUGGUGUUCACCUUCGCCCACCAGCUGCUGCCUAUGGAGAUGGACGACACAGAGACAGGCCUGCUCAGCGCCAUCUGCCUCAUCUCUGGAGACCGGCAGGACCUGGAGGAGCCCUCUAAGGUCGACCAGCUCCAGGAGCCUCUACUGGAAGCUCUGAAGAUCUACGUGAGGAAGAGGAGGCCCAGCAAGCCACACAUGUUCCCCAAGGCCCUGAUGAAGAUCACUGACCUCCGCAGCAUCAGCGCCAAAGGUGCGGAGCGGGUCAUCUCGCUGAAGAUGGAGAUCCCUGGCUCCAUGCCUCCUCUGAUCCAGGAGAUGCUGGAGAACUCAGAGGGACAAGACGGCCAGAGCAGCACCCAGGGCGAGGAUGGCAGCAGCCCCAAGAAGGGCACCCCUAAGGGGGGUACAGGGGGUAAACCCUCCCCUGUGUCCCCUGACCCCUCAGACAGUGAUGGGCCCACAGUGGCCCCUGAGGAGGAAGAGGACCCCUAGGUCCCCGUGGAACUCAAGGGCCUCUCAGACAGACACUCUAUCUGACAUUCCUUUGCACAAAAAAAAACUAAAAAUAGGUCGACAGCAAGGCAUGGUGGACCCCCUCUCCUCCUCCCCUCAGGCCUUCGGUCCCUUGGUGACCACCACCACCUUUGCUUGUUCUUAUGUUUUCCUUUACGUUUCUUUUUUCCUUCUCUCUCUUUAUCUCUUCAUUUCCCCUUAAAAGAACAACAGCACUAAGGCCUAAAAGGACCAGUUGUUGGUUUGUGUAUAAUUCUAAAUUGAUUGAGGUUGUGUCUCGGGACUAGGGUGUGAUUGGUCGAGUUGGGUUUGACCCCGUCUGGCCACACCCACUUACCUGUACACAAAGGUCAUAGGUCAUCCUCCUCAGGUCUCCUGUGUAAAUUCAUCCCUGCAUGACGGGCUUGCCGAGUUUAAUGCGUGGUUAUAAUCUCCCUCUCUCUCUCUCUCUCUCAUAUUGUUGAAUACAUUGUACAUACCAUUGUAUGGUUAGAAAUCUCUGUUUCUAUGAUGAAUUUUGUGGUGCUUUUUUCAUUGUCUUAAAUAUUAUAGUUUGAGGCGAAACAGUACGUACAUGACAAGGUUUAAAGGGGGGCCUAUAAUAUAAGGUCCUUUACAAAAACAGUUACAUAGAAUGUUCUUGCAUAUAGACAGUCUGGAAGACUAAUACCUUAUAUUUGUUCCUAUAUUUAAUGUUUGUCUUUAUGUUGAUGUCUCGUUGAGUGUACAUUGCAUUCACCAUAAAGCCCGUUAGAGGUUUCUCUCCCGUAUCAGCGGCUGCAUCUCUUCAGCUGUUUCCUCAAGGGGGAAGCCAGACUGUAGAGGCCAUAGAUAUACAAUGACUAGAUUGAAUCUAGAUGUUCAAUUACUAGAUUGGAUCUGUCUACCGCAGAUAACAGCUUGUAAUGUAAUGUACAGGGUUUCUGAGAUUUUAUCAGAAAAUGACAUUCCAAGAGACAAACCAAGCAGUCUUAACCAGUGAAAUCUCUCUGCUUAAAGAGAAGGGUUGAGCAACACUCAUUGACAAAGACUUUAUUUAACCCAAACUUGCACCACUGAGAAAUUGAACUGUUGUUUUAAGAUGAAUUUGGUUAUACAGUAUAUUUGAAGAUCCCUCGCAAUUCUCUUGAAAAUUCUCCACCAUCUGUGCAGAGAAAUGCAUUCUUAUUAUAGUAAAAAUCACAUUGUUUCUCUGAUGCAGUUUCAAUCUAGUAAGUGUACAUUUAUGGCUAACGACAACUACAAGCAUCUGGGCAACACAAAACGCACAUUGGGUUCUGGUCCAGGGAGUCUUGUACCCCCAGAAUCACUACCUACCCCUUAUAUACAUACAGAAGGGUCUUGUUUUGGCAGUAAAACACAGGGACAUUGCAAUCCUUAAAAAUACAUAUCCAUGAGCUGACCACAUGGCCGGGAAGAUUGUACACUAGACUAAUGUCUGGGAUUCUUAGACCCACUAGGCAUUCCUAGUUCGACAGACAGAAUGACUGACUGUUGCCUUGUUCCUCAGACGGUCUCGUGCAAAACCAGUGAUGCAAAUGAGAUUCUUUACAUAUGACCCGUAGCCCCUAAAACGUGCAGUAAGCUCGGGUAGUGUUCAGAACUAUAUUAUGUAGACAUGCGCUUCUCUGUCAUGUAGAAUAGGGAAUCAUGUCAGUUCUGUAACAACAAGACAUUUCUAUCUGUACCGUUACCUCCUGAAUGCAGCAGUGUUUUCUCUCCCACAUCGGCCACUGCAACAGCCCUCCUGAUCUUAUGAAUAUAUUCUUAGUAAAGCUGUUUUUCUUCAGCACCUAAGGGAUAGAUUCAAUCCGUAGCGCUGAAGAUCUGCUGUAUACUGGGAUUCAAAUUUAAAGGCAAUGUUCCCGCGUUUGCAGAGACUGCAUUCACGUUAAACGCUGCAUAUGUCGGCUCAAUUGGAAAUGACCUUUAACUUUCAUGUGCGUUGUUUACCGCUGAUACGAGAAUUAUGUUCUCCUGUUCAUUAACCAAUUCAAUGUAAUUACUCAGUCUGCCCUAUCAGGAUUUGUAUGAUACUGAUAGACAUGAAACAGACAGAGGCCCAGUCUGCAAUAGUUAAAUGUUUAUUCACGGAACGUUCUGACGUGCACAGUACAAAGAGCUUCAAUUUAUAGUGACACACCUACUUCCACAUAAACCAUCAAAUCCGCCCGCCAAUAGAGAUUAGGGGAGUCCGUGAGAAUAGCAUCUCCCUUCCCUCCCCUAAGAUAGGGAGAGACCUGGGACUGGGAAGUUCUCAGUGUCCCAGCCAAGGUCGACCCCGAAUCUGGCUAAGACAGACAGUCUGUUAUCAAAAUACUAGACACAUUGUUCCCAAAACGUUGAUUCUGACUAAGAACUACACUCCAGGUUAUAUUAUUAUUCCACUGACUAAAACCACACACAGUAUUAUAAUAAUCUAAUGAUUCUAACACUUACAUACAUGCAUUAUAAUAAUCUAAUGAUUCAAAACAAUUUCAUACAAUCACAUGGUUUCAGACUUAUGGUUUCAGGAGUGUACUAUUCUAAUCAUUUAUUAAAAAACAUUUCCUUAUCAACCGCAGAUCUUCAACUCUAUGGAUUGAAUCUAGCCAUAAAUCACUGAGUAGAAUAUGGACACUAUUUAGAAAGUUAAUAGCCUAGACACAUUGAAUAUUGCUCAGUUUGUUCCUUUGUUGUGAAGUGAAACAGAGUGAUAUUCCGUGUGGAAGCCAGGCUAGGAAGAUCUAGGACCUCUUCAGUCCCUUAUCACCUGUUCUAGCAAGGAUAAGGAUAGAUAAUAUUGUUUACUCAGAUGUUGACUCGUUACUCAACUGUAGCACAAAGGCAUUCAUUCUCAUAGCACUUAAAAAUCUUGAAUAUGUAGCCAAUACAAUGUUAAAGGGUGAUGGUCAUAUACAAUACUCUUACGGGUAGUAAUCAUUUGGCAUGAACUAUGGGUGAUUAUUGAGUUCAUCACAGAGGUAUACUGAUCAGAAGGUUCUUUAUUCUGAAUGGAGACAAAGGUCAUUGUUGAACCACAAAGGAAUAGAUGACCACUAUAGUCAGUCAGCUAGAACCAAGGUUAGGGUCAAUUCCAAUUUAAUUCUUCCAGUUUAUGAAUGGACUGACUUGAUAUGAAAUUGACCCCAACCCUGGCUAGAACCCUCCAGAAACAUCUCACACACAACCAUCUCCUCCAUAUCUGUCCCACACAUACAUAUCUUAAGGGGAAAACAAAACUGUCUCAGUUUACCAUGUUUGAAUGUGAUUAUGUUGUUGAGGAGUCACAUAGGAAUGAUAUGCAGUGUUAAAGGAAUACUUACUUUAAAGCAGCGUUUCGUCACAUUCAUUGCAUCUCAUAGUAUGUAUGGAAAAAAGGCAAUGCUCUCUUUCCCUCUCUCUGUAAGGGAGAAGAAUGUAGGGGGAAACAAUCCUGGUGGCUCAUCACAAGACCAGAGUGGGUGAAUCUCAAUAGUCUUCCCUACAUUCCUAUCCAACUUCUCAACACACAUUGACAGAAAGGGUGCAGAACCUCAGACCUUCUCCGCCAAUGUGUGUUGUUGAGGAGGUGAGGAAUCAACUAAAUACUUUGAGUUUUACCCUGAGUGUCUUUGAUGCUGGAAAAGUUAUUUCACAGCUGAAGAAUGUCUACAUCAACUCCCUAAAGUGUCGCUGCCUACAGGCACCAGGUGACACGGCAGGGAACUCGAUCCAUUCUACAAUACUGAAUUUACUACGUUGAUUUCUGUUGAAUGUUGUACCGAUGUAACUGUUAAUAUUUACUACUAUCUCACUGCAGACUUCUCCAUGUAUUAGAUGGUGUGUGUGUGUAGUGUGCAUUGCGUUUCAAUGAAUGGCAGCGCUUAGCUACCUGACCUCUGAGCUUCAUCUCAUAGCCAGCCCCUCUUGGGUAGCAGCUGCUCACCUCCACACCAAGUGGUCCACCAAGUGGACUCAGAACCUGAGCAUGGUUUGCAAAAUUCCAGAACUGUUCCCAAAAUGCCCUUUUUUUUCACGGUUGGAGGUUUUCGAAAUCUGGAGGUAAUAAGCUAAAGGAAAUUCCAACGUGGAACACUUUUUUUCUUUUUGUUUUCUUUUUUAAAUCCUAGUUGCCCCCAAUGUCAUCGAUGAUCAAACGACAGAGAUGCUUUCCGCUCUUUAGUUGGAAUGCCAAGCAGCUGUCACAAUCAACCAAUCAACUGACAGCAAUUUAGUUAAGUCAAUAACGGAAUAAGAUCAAUAGAUGUGGAUCGCGUUCAGGACGGGAGCAAUUUACUAAACAUAGCAGAUAGAAAUACACUGAAUAGAGCUAGCAUGAUUCCAUACUCUACAAAUCAGUGGUGUAUGUUCUACGCAACAUAUUUCUAUCCGAAUGUACCACAAUGCUGUGUGCCCUACUGAACGGGGCUCAUGAUCCAACUAUUCCAUAGAAGCCAGAGAGAACAUGAUUGUGAACCUCAAAAUUUCACCAACAAAAGCAGCUCUGUUGUUAUGCCUGUUCAAAAAGUGUCAAUGUUCAAAAGUUGAACAUUUACAGAUAAUGUAUAUGAUUGCCAUUGGUAUGAAGAAAAUAUCAUUGUCAUCAUAUAUGCAGUGUUGUAUAGUUAUUAUGAAGAGACAUGAUCAAAUUGUGGUUGAGGUUUCUUUGGCUUACUGGACUUGAGGGUGGGCGGGGCAGCAGGGAGGGGUUGUCAUGGUGAUAAUACAUUUACCCAGAACCUCCUGCUGGCCUGGUGGGAAGAGGGCUGGAAGUCCUUAUACAGAGUUUUACAGUGAGCUUCUAUCUUGUUUUCAUUCUCCAUUUUCAAUAGUCUGUACAUUAACAAUGCUUUUUAUGUUAAUAUACUGUUUAACUUUACCAUGAAAUGUCCUGGCAAAGUAAUACAAAUAUAUUUAUUUUAAAAUACAUAAUGCGUGGAUGUAUUAUAACCAGAAUAUUUUGAUUUACUGUAACCUCGAAGCCUUGAAUACUGUGUGUGUGUGUAUAUAUCAUGUUCCUAAGGUUCUGCUCUGCAGGAAAUAGAGUGAAGUUAAUUAAGAAAAUCAGAUUCAAAAGGACAGAAAACCCAACGGCCAGAGAAUAAUUUACAUUUCAUUGUUUACUUCCAAGUUCUUGUUCAAAAAGGUACAUUGUCUCUUUGACUUUUUAACAGUUAAAAUGUGCUGAAGCACCGCGUUCCUAACUUCUAAAAGCUGCUUAGGACAAAUACAGAACAUUUCCAUGGUAAUAAUAAAAAACAAAAUUGUAUUGUAUGUAUAAUAAAAAGUGUAAAACACCUACACAGUAGAAAGCAUUAAACGUCACCAUUAAAAUAAAAUAAAAGAGAGGGGGGGGGGGAUGUACAAAAGUCUGCAGCAUGGGUAUUUCCACCAGCGUGGGUCUGGUCCUGGUUGAACACUUCAAAACCAAAUCCUUCCUUUCUACUUUGAAAUAAUCACUGAUCGGACAUGACUGGAUAGGUACACCACCGCUGCUUCCACCUACCCCCCACCUCUCAGAUGAUUUCUUCUAGGAAGUGAAGAAGGAAGGAUGCACGUUAAAAUUACUCAAGCGGUGUGUAAAUAGCUCUGUUCAAAUUGUUUAAAAAUCCAUCCUUCCUGAUUUCCUAGAGGUGGUCACAGAGCAUAGGUGACAGCAAGGGUACCAACCUAUUACUUUCCCCAGUCCAACCAAUGAAGAUCUGUGAUUACUACGAGGGAGGGAGGAAGCAUUUAAAUAGCACUGGAACAGAGCCUGUGUGUGGGAGGGAUUCCAUGGUCUACUCAAACAUGUCGUACUGAUCAUCAUCUGACCCUGACUCAGCAAAGUACUUCACUUCCUUCUUGGCCCUGCCUCUGCCCGGUCGUUCUCGGGACGCCACGCUGGAUUGGCUGAAACGGUUGGAGUCCACAUCAUCAUCAUCUGACAUGGGGGGCGGGGUCACGGCUACUUUCUUUGAUGGCUUCUACACAGGGGCAAGACAAGAGAUGAUAUUUAAUUAUCUUGUUGUAUGGUUAUUACAGUCUUUGUUUUUUCAGUAUCUUCCUAUAUCCUACAUGAUUAAAUGACACACACUCUC